AUGUCCCAGCCAGAAUUGAUCAGCGACUUGGACGUGUCGGAAAGCACGCAGCAUCCGUGUCAGUGUUCCGCGAUCAACAACAUGGACCCUCUGAGGACGCCGAGGGACAGGACGGAGAGGAACAUGGGCAGCACCAGGAUCUCCAACAACAGUCAAGAUCUGCCGCGCAGCUUGGAGACCUUGCAGAGCGCUUUCGAGCCGAUACGCAGACUGGAGAGUCCUCACCAGGAUAGUUCGCAGAUCAAUCUGGACAACACUAGGAACGUCGAUCUGUUGGAGCACCAGGCGAACAUGUCGUCCAACUCGAGAUCCAUCAGCGGUCAGAGCUCGAUGUUAUCACGACACGGUCACAAUCUCUCCUGCAGUCCGCGCAACUUAGACCUGUCUCGCAACCUGGCGUUCGAAGCGGCGCGACGCGUCCAAGAGAGCUCGAGCCUGCAGGACAAUCAGCACAGCUUGACCUCGAGCCCCAGCCCCUUGCUGGAACCUGGGCCGAACUUGCUCGAGACAACGAGCAAGGAGCUGGACAAGCAGCUGGAGGAGCACUCCGGCUUGUCGCAAAAACCGAAUACCGCUAAGGAUAAGUUGAAGAGCGUUCAGCAGGUUCUGAACCCCUACCAGCACCAUCACGAGCCCGCGGCGGUCGAUCGCGGCGUGCACGGUCACUUUCACAGCGAUAUGCACGCCCACAUCCACAAGCACGCCGAUAACUUCAGAGGCGCCACGAACUUGGACGCCGGCGAAGGCUUGAUGGGCUAUCAGCAGCACCAACGGCAACACACGCAUCAUCAUCACGGUAACGCGAAGACCGGCGUAGCUCAUCAUCACGGAUCCGGGACGCAUCACCCGCACGCGCAGGCCAUCGCCGGGCACCAUCACGGCAACCUGGCGGCCAGUCUUACCGGUCAUGUUCAUGGAAAUCCCGGACCUUUGAGCGCGUCUGGUUCCAGUUCCAUCAAUCAGACUAGCUCGACCACCCCGACCGGGCACCAUCAUCCAACGUCGAUGCCGAUCACCGCCACGAUAAACCACGUGAACUCGCCGCACAGCCAUCAUCGGCUCGGCACCGGCUCCAGCCUGACCCAUCAUUCGAAUCCUACCUUUUCAAGUGAGCAUCACGGCACGUCCAGUGCUUUGAGCGGCGCGUCGUCCAACUCGAGCAUGAUGAAUCACGGUGGCUCACCCGCGGUACACCGCCACGUAGUUAACGUCAACAGUAGUCUGUCGACGACGCCGUUGGGCGGCCAUCACCACGGUAGUUCGUCGGGCAGCCUGACGACCGGUCACUCCAGCGUCAACCACCAUCACGUCAGCUCCGGUAUAUCCUGCGAGUCCUCGUCGUCGAACGCCAACACCAGGACGCACAGCAGGCUAGACCAUGUCCACGACCAUCAUCAUCACCUACAGCCGGUGCACUCGUUGCAUCCGAGUCAUCCCGACACCAGACAGCGGGAUCGGGCUCCCUCCAGCUUGGAUCAUCAUGGACACCACCACGCCCACGUUCACAAUCAUGGCCAUCCGCACGGACAGAACGACACCAAAAACGCGUCUCUCAUGGGCGUCGACGCCAUUCAGGUUUCGGCCCCUACGAAGAACAAGUGUCAAUGUCACGUGGUGCAGCAACCCGGAGGAAACAAUAGAGGCGCCGAGGGUGAGAGUGACGGAGGCGUCGAGGUGACAUCGAGAACGCAUCAACCGCCCGCCCUUCCGCCACGUCCACCGCCGAGACCAACAAGACGCUACGAGACAACCGCUGCCAAUCAAUGUCACACCGGCGAAGGCGGCUGCUGCAAGAAGUACGUAGUCCUUUGCUGCCUUUGCGGCGGCCUGAGCGCGGCGGUCGGCUGCCUGUUUUUGGCGGUGCACGCGGUCCUCUCGGCCCACACAGCCAGCUUAGCGCUCUUCGAGACCGUGCCGUCUUACAUUCCUGGCAUUAUGCUGAUCCUGAUGGGUCUCUUCACAAUGCUGCUGGCUCGGCGAAAGCAUAGAUACGGACUUCUGAUGAAAGUCUGCGGUUCCGUGGGAGUGGUGUGCGCGAUGGUGUGCGUUCUCGUCACCGUCACCACCACGGUGAUUCACAUGUCCCGAUUGCAGGGACUUCGCGAGUGCGUUUACACUGCGCGCGCGAGAUCGUGCACAUGUUACGGCGCGCCGCAAUCGAAAGGGGAUCCCGGGGUGCUGUUUGAGGGAACCCCUCACUGCGAAGCGGUGCACGGCGCGCUGUCGGACUGCCUGAGGGCCCUCUUCGGCGUCUCAGUCGCCGGUAUUCUGGCCUGCAUAUUCUCGUGCAUGCUGGUGUACCAAUUGUUGAGUCACGAGAAGAAGAAGAUGUACUGGGAGCAGUUGGAGCUGCGAUGCAGGUCGCUGUACGGCCAAGGAGGUGCCGUCGGGCCGCCGGCCGGGUCCUGCGGCUGCUGCAACGACUGCGGCGGUGCGAGCCCGUGGUGGGCCCAGACGCCGGGGAAUCUUUACACACCGAAUCCGGAUAUAGCGCCGUCCAGGAGAUGGCGACUGCCCUGGUCCAGGUCAAGGGGUCCGGCGCCGAGUCCGGACUCGAAUUACGGCUUUCACACGCAAACACGACCGGCGGAAGCUAACGUAGAGAGCGGUACGGGACCUUACAGUGUCCUCAAUUCACAGUCAAGCGGUCCCUACUCGGUCUUAAACACUCCGAGCGCCCCGUAUACGCCGAGUACCGCGUCCUACAGCGUCCUCGAAGCGCCUGUGCCAUUGUGGGGACCGCCGCCUCCUUACAGCGACCCGAACAGUCCAGCCAGGCGGCCACAGGUGACCGAAUCGAGAGCCAGAAUUGCCAAAAGGAUGGAUAACUUCGAGACUAGCGAAGAUCACAGGGCGCGAUCUGCGAAGCGGCCUUCGGACAAUUACGAGAACGCCGAGGAGAUCUCCAACAGCACGGAUCCCGAGGGCGGGAACGAGGGAACGAUCAAAGGUAGGAGAGCCAGGAAGCCCUUGAAGGGCGUGGAGAACGGGGCAUUUCAGCAGGAGGCGAAUCCCGGCCCGAAGCAAUCCGAGAGCGAGCUGUAUUUCGGUGACGUGUCCUCGUGCUGCGGACCGGAGAGUAGUUUUUACGAUCUGGCUGUGGAGAAAGAAGGCGCGGAGCACACGGAAGGUGUCGACUACCUGGCGGCCAGGCUGGGCAAGCGUCAGUUGUCGAAGAGGUCGCGGUUGCCUCUUCCCUUGCCGGCCGACACCAGCGACAUUCCGUCAGACAAUUACGCGAACAGCGACGAGCCGAGGAACUCGAGGGGUCCGUUUCUCGCGCCGGACGCGCAGUACGAAGUGAUCCAGCAGGGUCGUUACUCCUAUUACGCGUCGAAGGACGACGAGGAGCUGCAGGAGGGCCCGGCGAGUUCCGGCUACUUCCGCGAGGACGAGAACGAGAGAGGCAGGGAGAGGGAUUACAGGGAUUACAGGAGCAGUCAGGAGGAGGAGACGCCACAAUGUUGCCUCAGCGACUCGACGACUCUGGACUCCGGCUGGCAGAGCGGAGAGCAACCGCAAUCGGACGAUAACGUGCGGCCGGUGAAUGUGUGACCCUAGACGCGAUCGUGCGGAUCUAGUGCGGACGAAGUGAUGAGAGCGAUCGACGAUAUUUCGCUCGCCUCCGGGGAGAUGUUCGCCGACGAGACGAUUAGCGGCGCGGAGAGACACGACAAUAGUUCUCGACCUGUGAAUACGUAAUUUAGAUCGAUCGUAAGUAUGCCCGAGUGGAAAUCUUGGUUCGGCAGUUGUAGUUCUUCCUAACCCUGCGGAUUCCGUCGGACUUGAAGGACCAAUGGAAGAUCUCAAGGUAUAAUAUUAUGCAGACCACUUACUUUUGACGCUACAAACGGCUACUUCCCGCUGCUUUGUUGUGAUUCUUAAAACUACUUAUUCAAGAGAUUAUUUAACAUUACAGUAUCUCAAUAGUCUACCUGCAUUUAAUCUCUCUUAAUUUGUAAUUUUAAUCAGAAAUGUAUUAUUUAUUUAUUUAUUUAAACGAGAAGAUGUUCCUGAGUACAAUGAAUAAUAAUAAAUAAAAUAAAGUGCAAAUAGAAAAAGAAGAAAACAUUUCGAAACAAAUUAUUCAAAAUGAAAUGAAUUGCGUGCAACUUGCUCAACUGCAGUUAAGCUAUUGCGAUAAGCAAUUAUUAAAUAAUCUUAUAAAUAGUGACACAUGUAUAAUUAAUAUUAAUAGAUAAUA